GACAGAACUUUGCAUUUUCUUCUUCUUCCCACAACCCCGAGACCUCACUCCCCUCAUCGCAUCGCUCUCUCAAAUCGGACCCAGCAAUGCUCCGAAUGGCCGGAGAGAAGCUUUUCGGGACCGCCGUGCGGGCGGCUCCGCGUCCGCUGUCGAUCCUGGGGAGGUCGUACCACGAGAGGGUGGUCGACCACUACAACAACCCCCGCAACAUCGGAUCCUUCGUGAAGGACGAUCUGGCGGUCGGCACGGGCCUGGUCGGCGCGCCGGCGUGCGGCGACGUCAUGAAGCUCCAGAUCAAGGUGGACGAUUCGUCCGGGAGGGUCGUCGAUGCUCGUUUCAAAACUUUCGGUUGUGGGUCGGCCAUCGCUUCUUCCUCUGUUGCUACCGAAUGGGUGAAAGGCAGAAAAAUGGAGGACGUCUUAUCGAUUAAGAAUACGGAAAUUGCGAAGCAUCUUGCCCUUCCGCCGGUGAAGUUGCACUGCAGCAUGCUGGCUGAGGAUGCCAUCAAGGCAGCCGUAAAAGAUUACGAAGCUAAACUUGCCAAAUCAAAUGCCGGCCCGAAGACGAUCGAUGGUUGAGAUAUAAGAGAUGCUGAUGUAAAUAUGAGGACGAGCUCACUGUCGCCAGAUGUACAACCUGUUUUAGAAAUGUUCUAAAACCUCGUGUAUGUACUAUACUUGGGCGAGUAUGGUGUUUGUUUGUAA